CGCCGCGCCGCCGCCAACGGUCGCACGGGUGACGGUUGGAGAGGGCAGCGGUUUCGAGACUAGCUAAGGAAACCUUAGCCGCCCGCCCCGCCCACGGGGCCCGGCUCUCCAAAGCCCGGGAUUAGGGGCCUGGCGGCGGCGCCACACCUUGGCCAGGUGUUCCUAACAGGGCCAGGUGCGCAGCUGCCCCGCCCCGGUCCCCGGGAGCCCGGAAUAAUGGCUGAGAAGCCGGGGAACAGGCCCCAGCUGGGGCCGAACACAAUGCCCCGCGGGCGCCCGUGCUAGCAGGCGCCCCUCCGCAGGGACCGGCGGCGGAGGCCUGCCUGGGGCGGGCUGGGCAACAGGUGCUGACACUAAGCCGCUGCGGCCGGCGUCUCCCCAGACAGAUGUCGGCGCCCACUGCGCCCGGCCAGUUGCGCGGAGCCCUCCGGGACGCAGGGGGCGCUGUGGCCGCGCUGAGCCGGACGUCCUUGCGAUCCCGUCGCCCCCUGGACCCUGUCCGCGGCGCCGUGCAGCCAUGGCCACCGCUCUUGGCUUCCGCUGCCUGUGGCGGGCGCAGCCUGCGCGGCUCCUUGGGCGCGCGGAUCCGCUGUGGAGGAGCCCGCGACGGGGCCACCGGCUGUCUCCCGCGGACGACGAGCUGUACCAGCGGACCCGCGUCUCGGUGCUGCAGAACGAGCUCCCUCAGGCCGUGUACAUUGACAGCUACAGCAGCAGAGGCUUCACCGUGAGCGGAAACCGCGUGUUUGGCCCGUGCGCGCUGCUCCCACAGACGGUGGUCCAGUGGAAUGUGGGUUCCCAUCAGGACAUCACUGAAGAGAGCUUCUCCCUUUUCUGGAUGCUGGAGCCCAGGAUAGAGAUCGUUGUGGUGGGCACUGGAAACAAGACUGAGCGGCUGCACUCGGAAGUGCUACAGUCCCUGAGGAAACGGGGCAUCGCUGUGGAGGUGCAGGACACGCCCAAUGCCUGUGCCACUUUCAACUUCCUGUGUCACGAAGGUCGAGUGACAGGAGCCGCCCUCAUUCCCCCUCCUGGAGAGACUAUACUCACUUCUCUGGGUCAUGCUGCAGAAUGAAACACCAGGAACAGUCAAGGAGGGCACUGGCACCUUGCCGAAUGCAGGGACUGCCAUUGUCUUCCCAUCCCUCUUGGCACUGUCAACCCUUGCCGUGCUUACUCAGGAUAAUAACUUAGACUUCUAUGUGCAAGUA